AUGACUAGCAAAGACCGUGCUGAGAGUGAAGAGACCAGCUCGGGCUAUGGCUCGAUUUCAAGAGACGUCGACGCAGUCGUGAGAACAGACUUCGAUGGCCAUACAUCGGUAGAUGUUACUACAACGACUUCGGGCGCUGAGUUCAAAGAGAUAGGACGGAAUGCAGCUCCUUUGAUGAUAACGUUCUUACUGCAGAUGUCGCUGUCAUUCAUGACCGUGGUUUCGGUCGGUCGACUCAAUGCGCUAGAUUUGGGCGGUGUCUCACUGGCAAAUGUGACAUUCACAGCCACAUCGGCCAUUUUCCAAGGCCUGGCAACCUGCUUGGACACAUUGUGCCCUCAAGCAUACGGUAGCAAGCGGUAUCAACUGGUCGGGCUAUAUUUUCAGCGGUGUGUAGCUAUAAGCACACUUUUUGCGGUGCCGAUAGCUCUUCUGUGGUGGUUUUCGGCGCAUGCUUUGCGCCUGGUGGUGGACGAUCCCAGGUUGGUGGUAAUAGCGGCGAGGUAUCUCAGAGUUAUGGUGUCGAGCAUUCCGGGGUAUAUAAUUUUUGAGUGUGGAAAGAAGUACCUGCAGGCUCAAAACGAUUUCACAACGGGCCAAUACAUAUUGUUCGUGUGUGCUCCGCUCAACGCGUUUUUCAAUUACCUACUAGUGUUCAGACUCGGCAUGGGCUACAUUGGAGCUCCAAUUGCCACGUCGGUGACCUUUAUGCUCAUGGGCAUAUCUAUUGUCGCUUACAUUUGGUACCAAAAAGGGAGAAACGGCGAUAUGGAUUGUUGGAACCCAAUGUGCAAUUGGAGACCUAUUUUUUCGAACUGGGAACCUAUGAUUUCCUUGGCCGUGCCUGGAAUCGUCAUGAUUGAGGCAGAAUUUCUGGCUUUCGAAUCCCUCACAAUCUUGUCCGCCAAAUUCGGAACUGAAGCCCUGGCAGCGCAAUCUGUGGUCGCCUCAAUACAAACUUUAACGUUCCAAGUUCCAUUUUCCACCGGUGUGGCAGCCUCUAAUCGGAUUGCCUACCAUAUUGGAAAGAAAAGGAUCAAUGACUGCAGAAUUGCAACUAAAACGACCAUAAUUCAAAUUGGAGUUAUCCUAGCUAUAGCGAACUUUCUCUUUCUGGUUCUUGGGAGGAAGCAGGUGUCGACUUUUUUCAGUAAGGAUGAAGGUGUUGUCGCGUUGGCAGUGCAGAUCCUGCCUAUAAUUGGAGUAAAUCAAUUUGCUGAUGUGUUCAAUGUCCUAGCAGCAGGUGUUUUAAGAGCACAGGGCCGUCAGAGAAUUGGAGGCAUUUUGAAUAUCUUGGCAUACUACGUGGUGGGGCUUCCAGUAGCCGUAACACUGGGCUUCUACACUGAUUUGGGAGUUAAGGGUUUCUGGAUAGGAUUGGGAUGUGGUAUAUUUGUCUUAUCGAUUGGCGAAGUCUACUGCGUCUGGAACUCAAAUUGGUCCCAGAUCAUACAUGAUUCGCAUCUUUUACAUAAGAGUACGCAGGGCGGCAACCUGUGA